UGGCGACUGCCGCAGCCUUUAUCCUUGAUUCCGUCGGCCUUAAAUUCGCCUUCCCGUUACGAUUCCGGCGACUAGGGUUCGUUCCUCCGGCGGAUUGUAGGGUUUUGGGGCCGACCCCUUCCGGAUCCAUAAAUUCCGGUGUUCUCCUAGCUCAGGGUCUUCGGUCGGAGAUGUGAUGGACCGGGUUGGCGACUCGGGCGGUGGCUCCGGGGAGAGGAAUGGGAGGGAGGCGUCGCUCGUGGUCGCUGAUUCGCAGGGCGGACUCAAGAAGAAGGCAGCGGCGUCUCGGAGCUGGAUCGUGAUGGACUGCACGGGCGAGGGCACGAUCCUUGAUGUCGACAAGUACGCCAUAAUGCACCGCGUGCAAAUUCAUGCCCGGGACCUACGGAUCCUCGAUCCCUUGCUGUCAUACCCGUCAACAAUCCUCGGUCGCGAGCGGGCAAUCGUCCUCAAUCUCGAGCAUAUCAAGGCUAUUAUUACUUCAGAAGAGGUUUUGCUUAGAGAUCCCAUGGAUGACAAUGUUAUUCCCGUAGUUGAGGAGCUCCGAAGGAGGCUGCCCCCAGGGAAUAUAGUCCAACCAAAUGGGGAGGGGAAAGAGCACGUGAACGGGCAACAUGACAUGGAUGCUGGUGAAGAAGAUGAACCUCCAUUUGAAUUCCGAGCUUUAGAGGUUGCACUAGAAGGUAUCUGCAGCUUCCUUGAUGCACGCACAACAGAACUGGAAACUGCUGCUUACCCUGCCUUAGAUGAGCUAACAUCCAAGAUUAGCAGCCGGAACUUGGACCGUGUGAGGAAGUUGAAGAGUGCUAUGACAAGGUUGACUGGUCGUGUUCAAAAGGUCAGAGAUGAACUUGAACAACUAUUGGAUGAUGAUGAUGAUAUGGCAGAUCUUUAUUUAACAAGGAAAUCAGCUGGUGCAACUUCUCCCAUCAGUGGCUCCGGUGCACCAAACUGGUUUCCUGCUUCUCCUACAAUUGCUUCGAAAAUAUCUAGGGCUAGCCGUGUUAGUGCUGCAACGGUUCAUGGGAAUGAAAAUGAUAUUGAGGAGCUUGAGAUGUUACUCGAGGCAUACUUUAUGCAGAUUGAUGGCACACUUAACAGGCUUACCACGCUGCGUGAAUACAUCGAUGAUACAGAAGACUACAUCAACAUCCAGCUUGAUAAUCAUCGGAACCAGCUGAUUCAGCUGGAGCUCUUCCUAAGUUCUGGCACGGUUUGCCUUUCCGUAUAUUCAUUGGUUGCUGGAAUUUUCGGCAUGAAUAUCCCUUAUACAUGGAACGAUGAUCAUGGCUAUAUGUUCAAAUGGGUGGUUAUCCUUUCUGGAGUUGGUUGUUUGUUGCUGUUCUCCCUUAUCGUUUCAUAUGCUCGAUACAAAGGUCUGGUUGGGAGUUGACGUCGAAGCACCUUCUGCCCUAGUGGAGCCCUCCUGACCUUGUGGCGCCAAAGAGAAGCGAAGGCUCUUUAUGCAGCAUGUUCUGCUCUGGUUGAAAAUAUGCAACAGGGCAUCGAUAAAGUGCAGUUACUAUCUAUAAAAAGUCAAACUUCUUCUUUGGAGGUCAACGUCGUUGUUGUUACCGUUCAGCCACAUAAAAGUGGCUUAAAUGCACUUCUAUUGAGGAGGAAUUACUGAAAGUUGGAGGAGCAUGGUAACCAGCUGAUACCAAUGAGAUGGCAGCAUCUCGUAGCCAUUGUUAUUUUUUUUUUCUUCUUGAUUCUUAGUUUUGAGCUUGCGUCGGAGCAAGUUCAUUAUUACAAGUGUAUAAUCUUUAUAGAAACAUGUCAUCCAUCGAAUACAUUACUAAGAAUAAAAAACUGGCUAUGCGAAUGAAAGGUGUUGCCGGCCAUUGUACUAUGUAAUUGAGAGGUAUAUGGAACUAUGUUGCAUCUCAGCACGAGAAUAUUUCUGUAUAUAAGAAUGUAGCAGAAAGAAUGUCCGAUUA